UUGCUUUAUUUUUCUUCCUACAAAAAAAAUCGUCAAUUUGAAAGAAGAAAAAUAAUAAAACUUUUUUUUGCCACUCGGGGCGUUUUGGCGUGAAAAAGUGCAGAGAAAAUAGAAAAAGAGAAUGCAAUGGAUGAUCAAAAAGUGACAGAGAGUGCCAAUAUGAGCGGGGAGGGCGCCGAGAGCGACAGCAGCCAGCAGGAGGAGGGAGUUUUCGCGAGUGAUGACAACAGAAGAGAGGAGAUCACAGGGAAGAAUAAUGGACAUCGCCAGCGCCGUCAAUGGGCCAAGGCGAGACAAGCUGGCACUGCUCUCGAUCCGCGUCACAUGCCAUCGAACCGACGGGUGUCCUUCCCGAAGCACGACAGCGAGCUGGUCACGGGAUAUCUGGAGCCCGCGAAUCCCUGGGCCAUCUCAAAGCCCAAUCUCUCUGCCAAGGAACUGAUUGAGAUCUAUCGGAAGUCAUGUUCCAAGCACGACGUGGAGCCCCUCAUGGUGGUGGUGAAGCACCUCGAGGGCAUGGACUUUCAGAAUAUGCCUCCCCGCGGGAACUCCCUCAUUCUUCGCGACAGCAAACUCACGCCAGCAUCAUGUGAGGCACUCGAGGAGAUACUAAAGCGAAUUCAAUACAAAUUAAUCGACUUGACGUCAUGUGACCUGGAUGAUAGUUCGGCGUCUGCAAUGUUUGACAUGAUUGAAUUCUACGAGGCGGCCACGGAGUUGGAUAUCUCUGAGAAUAGAGCCAUCUCCCAUCGUGGCUGGCAGGCGUGUGCGGCAAUGAUAAAGAAGAGUCAAGCCCUCAACAUUCUCCUUACAAGUGGCACCACAAUUUCCGACUCGAAUGCUUCGAAUCUCGGCAAAGCUCUCAUGUCCUCAGCCAUUCAUACGCUGAAGCUCGAGCACUGCGGUCUCACGGGUCGACCCCUGUCCUCCCUGUGUUCCGCCCUGAAGAAGAAUAUGGUGCUUAAGGAGCUGUGGCUGGCCCACAACGACCUCAAUUGCUACGAUGCGUAUACAAUUGGGAAUUUGCUCAAAGCAAAUUUCUACCUGCAAUUCUUGGACAUUAGUAACAAUUCCAUUGAGGACAAUGGUGUAUGCCACAUUGCUGAGGCACUCAUAAAGCAGAGUCAGUUCUUCCGCAAUGCCACCAAUCCGGGAACAUCGGAAAAAGCCACCACCGACAGUGCGGCAAUGCAGAAGUUUGAACCCAAAAAAGCACUGCCGCCUGUUGUGAGACCCGUAGCUCCGCCGACACCUGCCCCAGAAGCCGCAGUUGUCGUUGAGAAACCUCCACAGCCUACAACUGAGACACCUGCGACGUGUGAAAAGAGUGACGAUGCCGCAAGACUCGAUGGGAAGCUUGUGACCAUAUACGAAGGGAUGCGGAAUAAUAACAAUUUAGAUGUUCAAGGAGGCAAACAGCCAAGUGGAAUAAUUCCCAAUACCUUAGAUAACACAACAGAAAAGGAAUUUACGGAGGGAGAGAGUGAUGAUAAGACGUCGGAGGAUGAAAAGAAUGUACAAAGUCCAGUAUUAGUUGAUGCAGAACAUGUUAAAGAGGCAACAUCCGAUGGGAAGGCAAUGGAGGAGAUUGAAUUGAAGAUUAUUGAGAAGGUGGAUGAUGCACCGAAGCCCCCGGAAGUGGUGGUAGUGCAUGCAGCGGUAGAGGAGCCCCAGUGUCCAAAUAAUAAUUCAGCUCGAGAUGCCGGCGAUAGAGCACUCAUCGAGAGCGAUAAAUCAGUUAAUGAGUUGUGUACGUCGAGCUUGAUUGAUAUAAAUAGGAAUCCCGUGAAAGAAACUGUUGCAGGUGAUGUGACCCAGACCGCAUCGGGGAACACAUUGCCGCCAGAACUAUGCGCCGAGGCGACAAUUAACGAGAUGCUUUCAUUCACGAACUCCAAUGAGACGACAAUAAAGGAGGGAAGUGUGCCAACGGAAGCCAAUUUAGAUUAUGAGCGCACACAAAAAUCCCCCAAAUGUUCCUCCGAUAUGACGCCCGAUAGCCCAGCAUCGUUCACGGUGUCCCAAUCACUUGAUAGUAGUAUGGAGUUUCCGGAAAAUUCUCCAUCGUAUGAUUGUGUCUUUGAUGUUCCGGCAACACGUCAAAUAAUCCCGGAGCGCUCCCUCAGUUCGGAGAGUCUCAAUAGUGAGACGUCCGUUGAGUCAAAUGACUCCAAGAGCUCAAUUAAAUUGGCUGAGAGUAAAUUCUCCAAGAAUGGAACGCUUGAGCGUCAAACAAUGGGCACCGUGGAGCCACCACCGAUAACAGCCCCAUCGGGACUUCAGGUGCUUGUUUUGUGGAAUAAUCGCAUUACAAAGAAAUCCGCAGCACCCGUUUCGGAUGUCCUAAAGGCCACGACAACGCUGGAGAUUCUCAACAUUGGCAAGAAUAUCCUGAGUAAUGAUUUCGUAACGAGCAUCAAAGCGAAUUUAAUUACAAACACAAGUCUCACGAAUUUGGGACUACAAAGCUCCCAUCUCACCUGUGUGGCUGCAAAGACGCUCGGGGAAGUUUUAGCCACGGGGCCCAAUGGGGUGCUUCAGCGGGUGGAUUUGCGUGAUAACAACAUACAAAUUCCGGGGAUUACAUCGCUAAAUGAUGCCCUCAAGGUCAACAAGUCCCUGACGCGGUUGGAUUUGGACAAUACACUGAAACGAUAUGACUCGGGGACAGAUACGACGGAAUAUUCGCGCUUGUUGACAAGCAUCCGGGCGCAGUGUAGGCGCAAUGAGCAACCCCUGGAGCCGCGUGAUCCGAUAAAGCCAACGGCAAAACGUGCCCGGAGUGCUUUUCUCCCAUCGCGGAAGAUCUCUCUCACGUGCUCAACGCGCUCUCCGCUGGAUCUCAUGUGUGCGGGUGGGAAGUCAGAGAGGCAACUGCUGGAUACGUGUAGAAAAAGUGGUGGGCGCCUCAGAUCACCAUUGCCAAGUCCCAAUCCAUCCCCAAGUGCAUCACCAGUGCCAAGUCCGUCCCGAAGCCGUUUUCAAGUGUCACGCGUCAUCGAAGGUGCCUCCCCACUAACACCACCAUCCUCCACGAGCAGUUCACCAACUAACUCCUUCACCAGUUCACGCUUUCGUGUGACUACCAUUAAAGAACAAAAGCCCGUCACGCCGCCCGUCACCCAAGUACCCAUUGUUGCCACAACGCCCAUUAUUGUGGAGAAGAUUGCUGUGCCCGAGAGGGUGGAGAUGACGAAGAUUGAGGUGAUUGAUAGCCCUGAUAUGGAGGUUAGUCGCCUACUCACAACCACCGAUGAUAAUUCCUCCAUUGGCAGUGCGGAUUCCUUUGAUCGGGUGCACGAUCUCAAUACCUCGUUAAGUUCCACGGAUAGUUUAGAUAUGUUGGGAAGUGAACCGGUUGUUGUGUUCGGGGAGAAGCUCAAGGGGAGCCUAUCGAGUCAGGAAUCCCUGUCGGAUUCCACACAGCAGGAAUCUUUUUGCUCAAUGAGCAGCAAUGAGAGUACCCUCACGAGUAGUGUUCAAUUGGUUACGAAGGAACAACUGAGGGCACCGCAGGUGUGCACAAAGAGCCCCGAGAGGCGCGUCCGGAAGACUUCGCGGACAUUGGCGCCAAUUUUGCAGAUCUUUCAGAAUCCCGUUGCACUCAUUGCGCAGAAGAUGGACAAGAAGUUGGACAUUGAGGGUCAGGAGAAUGCCACGGGGACGCAUCAGAGGCACGAUAGUCCCAUUGGAGAGUUAUUGGCUCGUGUUACGGGUGCUGGGAGGAAGGAAACUUCUUCGGAGGACAUAACACCCGUUGAUGCGCAACCCACCACUGUGCUCCAGGCAAAUGUAAGUCCGGAGAAUGUGUGUGCGGUGGAAGUGGAUGUCCUUGCUGCUGAUUGCAUCCCAGUGGCGCUGAAGCAGGAGAUGAAGGAGAAUAUCUCUCCAGAACACACAAUCACGGCGUCCAAUGUGGAUCUCCUGCAGGAAGCCAUAGCGCAGGCGACAAAGGUGAAAUUUGAGGUGGGCAGUGGGGAUGAUGAUACGGAAACGGAGGAUUUGAGUCAGAAAUUGGAUGCUGAAUUGCCCACAAUUGUCACGGAGGAGACUCACACACUCGGGCAAAUUGCCCGGGAUUCCCUAAGCAUUCUCAAUCGUCACGAUGAGGCUCCUCCUCCGGCGCCUCCGCCAUCUCUGGUCCCAUCCGUCACACCGAUUGUUCAGCAAAAUGAGAAAUAAAUCCCCCCGCCCCGGAGAUGAAGGAAGCAAAAGAAGAAGAAGAAGAAAACCUGUUGUUCUGUGAUAGGUUCAUUUGUGAUAACUUUUACUAUAAUUAACAUUGAAUUAGUUUUGUUGUUUUCUUUAUCAUUUUUUUUUAUUAAGAUUUUAUUUGUGUAUUUUUGUUUUUUUUUUUUAUUUCUCAAACAGUGGGUAAUUUUUAGAUUUUUUUUUUGAUAAGGGCGGCACGUAAUAUAUUAAAAAAAAACAUUUUUUUAUUUUUAAAUUUUGAUCCCGCAAAAGGAACUUAAUUGUAUAGCAUAUUAUAUAUAUUAUAUCUAGGUGACUUAACAUGGUGAAGAAUAGUUAACUCUUUUUGUACUUUAAAGGUUAAAAGAAGAUGAAGGAAAAAAAAAACACUGAAGACCAUUUUGUCGAGUUAAAAAAAAAGUUUUGUGAAAUUAAAUUAUAAAAAAAUAAUAAAUAUUAAAUUAAGUAACAAAAAAAACUAUUUAAGUAGGAUUUUUUAAAUUAUAAAAAUCACAAAUGCCAUCGAGAAUUUCAUUCUAGAAUGGAAAAGGAAGGGAAGAAGAAGAGAAUUGUAGCAAAAAAAGAAAUGAGAAGAAAUCACUGAGAAAGACAAAAUAUAAAAUAUGAGAAGAGAUAAAUAAGGGUUUACUUACUAAACUUACUUACUAUGUAACAAAUCACUGUACGUAAAAGUAUACAAUUUGUAGGAAAUUGUGAUAUUAUUGAUUUUGAUUCACGAAAGUUACUCAUAAUGCAGACAAAAAGAAAAAUAAUUUAAAAAAAAAAAACAUAAAUAAAAGUGAAAUUAUUAAAAAAAGAAAAAAAGUAUGUAGGAAAAAAAUAUUACAAAAGAAAUCACAUAGUGGCGAGAGGAAGAAUUUUAUUUAAAGAUUAAUAAUGAAAAGAAAAAAAUAAAUACGAUAGAAAUGAUAACAAAAUGAAAUUGAACCCACCAAAAGCAAAAGGAUAUAAUUGUUACUAAUUUUGAAUAAUUAAUUAAUUCUGAUCAUUUUUUUUAUGUACACACCAUGUAAACUUGUUCAUAAUUAUGUAAUUUGUUCAACAAAACGGACAUUUGUUCUUAUCUCCUCCCCCCUCAUAUUACCCCGCGAAUUAAUUUAAUUUUUUUAUCAUUAUUUUUUUUCUCUUCAACUAUGUAAAACAUGAACGUGCAUAGAGGAAAAAAAAAGAGCGAGAGAGAGAUCAUGGUGUUAGUAAUACACACAAUGUUUAACAAUAAAGUAAAUGUAAUUACAAGAAAAAAUAUAAAAAAAUAAAUCUGUACACAUUUUAGCAUUAAUAACUUACAAAGAAAACUUGCAUGUAAAAUAUGUUUCACUUUUAUUUUGCCUUUUGACAUCAUAAAACUUCACAAAAUAAUAAAACUAAAAAAGGAUUAUUUUAUUUGCAGAUCUUUGGAGGCGGCUUCUUCGUUAAAAUAUAUAGUACAUAAUAAACAUUAUAUAUAAUAGUAAAUAAAUAUAAAUAUAUAUUUAGUAUGUAUACAGAUAGUAUCGAUCACAAAAUACCUAUUCUCGAUAGUAAUUCUGUAGUUUGAAACUAAGUACUUAUAGAGUAAUAAAUGAAUGUAAAAAAUAAAAGUAAAAAUAAAUAUUACAUGCUAAAUGAUGAAAAGUAA